ACAUGGCGGCGCCCAUGGAAUUUGACAGAGUGUAGCAAGUUGAAGAAGAAAAUUCAAUUGUUAAUUACCUGGGUAGCCUUACUCAAUGUUCAGUUUAUAAACUAUAUGCCAAUUCCAUUAUUCGUAUUAUCGGGUGGGAUAAAAUGUGAGUUUAAAAGUAGAGUUUGUUACUUAAUAGACUUUGUAGUAAAACUUUACUUUCUUCUUAAAAAAGAUUGCUCCCAUAUGGAAUUAGCUUAUAAGUAUUAUAAACAACAGUUUAUUCUCUGAAGUACAACUAGGAUAGCAUUUAAAAUUUACUGCUCCCUUGAAAUGGAGGGCACUUUUGCAUCUGCCAGACCUGUGGUCUUAGAAACUUUAGCUCAUGCUUGCAGCCAAGAUGCAUCUGUUUUAAAACCUGCAGAACACCAGCUUCAAUUAUGGGAAACAGAACCUGGAUUUUAUUCAAUAUUAACUGAUAUAUUUUGCAAUCAUAUGAUUGAUGCCAAUGUGAGAUGGUUAGCAGCAUUGUAUUGCAAAAAUGGCAUUGACAGAUACUGGAGAAAAUCUGCACCCAAUGCAAUAUCUGAAGAAGAGAAAGAGGCCAUUAAAAAACGUCUGGUGUCUGAUUUUACUGAACCUGUUCCUCAAAUUGCCACACAGAUAGCAGUUUUAAUUGCUAAAAUUUCCCGGCUUGAUUGUCCACAUAAUUGGAACUCAUUGCUUCCCACGCUUCACACUGCCAUCCGAUGUGAGGAGCAGCUAGUGCAGGAGAGGGCCCUCUUGGUCCUACAUCAUGUCACCAAAACACUGGCAUCUAAAAGGCUGCCACCUGACAGGAAGUUGUUUGAAGAGCUGACGCAGGAUGUCUUUGUGUACAUGGUUAGUCUGUGGAACUCAAAUCUGAACACAUUUUUUCUGGUGGCUGCACAGCAUGAUGAGGCCAUGGUGCCUUCUAUUGACAGGUGUAAACUUAUUUUAAAAGUCUUGAGAAAGCAAGUUUGCUAUGGUUUUAAGCAAGUGCACAAAAGUGAAGAGGCGAUGAACUUCAUCUCAAACCUUUUUCCCCAGUUAGACACAUUCCUUGAUUGCCGUCGGAGUCUGUGGGGGCACCAUGUAAUGCUUGAAAAAUGUGAACAUUUAAUUUCAUCAGUUACCAAAGUGCUUCUGGAUCUGCUUGAAAUGCAUCCAACUUCUUACGUUCAUUUUAUAAAAACUACAUUAACAUUUGUAGUUCAGUACAACUUUACUGCCAAAGGUCUUUUGUUUGAACGGUUUACUGUGAAUUGUUUCAAUCUGAUGAAGCAGAUUUUAUUUAGUGAUGACUAUAAACCAAGGAAAAACAAUGAUGAAGAAACAUGCCCGGUGACACUAGAAGCCAAUAGGAUCAUUACAGAGUUCUUUACUUGUGACACACUCUCAGAGAUUUGUCGUCGUUUGGUGUCAGACUAUUUUUUGCUAACAACAGAUGAUUUGACAACUUGGGAUGCAGAUCCUGAAGAGUUUUGCCAAGAAGAAGGAGGGGAUUCCUACAAAUAUUCAUUAAAGCCUUGUACAGAAACUCUGUUCUUGACAAUCUUUAAAGCAUUCCGUUUGUCUCUGACCCCCAUCUUGCUAGAGAUGGUGCAGGCUGUCCAGGGACCUUGUGAUCCAGACAACCUUGCUGCAGUGCUCAGGAAAGAUGCUGCUUACAAUGCUGUGGGCUUAGCAUCUUUUGAUCUCUUUGAUGAGAUUGAUUUUGACUCUUGGCUCACUACACACUUGCUCCAGGAACUCCAGAUUAAACAGAAAAGCUACCGUGUGAUCCGCAAAAGAGUGGUUUGGCUGAUAGGACAGUGGGUUGGAGUGAAGAUGUCUGUCAGCUUGAGGCCAGCCCUUUAUGAGGCAGUCAUAGGGCUGCUGGAUCCCAAUGAGGAUCUGGCAGUUCGCCUGGAGGCUGCUCAGACACUGAAAACUGCUGUUGAUGACUUUGAGUUCACAACAGAGCAACUUUUGCCAUAUAUUGAGUCCCUGUUUUCUCUUCUGUUUCGUCUUCUCAAAGAAGUAAGAGAGUGUGAUACAAAGAUGCAUGUGCUCCAUGUGUUAUCUUUUGUGAUUGAGAGAGUGGGCUCCAAGAUCCGACCAUACACAGCUUCUCUGGUCCAGUACCUGCCACUGUUGUGGAAAGAGUCAGAAGAACACAAUAUGCUGAGGUGUGCCAUCCUGACAAGUCUCAUACACCUAGUCCAGGGUUAUGGCCCUGAAUCCACCCAGCUAUGGCAGUUUAUAAUCCCAGCCAUUGCCAUCAGCACAGACACCACACAAGAGCCGUAUGUUUACCUGCUAGAGGAUGGCCUGGAGCUGUGGUAUGUCACCCUCAUCAACGCCCCGCUGAUGUCGCCAGAGCUGUUGAAACUUUUUCAUCACAUGCCCCCACUCUUAGAGUUGGGCACUGAAAAUCUGAGAAUUUGUUUGAAAAUUAUUCAGUGUUAUGUCUUACUUGGCUUAAGAGACUUUAUGCAGGCAUUUUCUGAAAUUCUUGCAUCAUCUUUGUUGAGCUUGAUGACAGAUAUUCGUACAGAAGGGAUGGUACUUACACUCAGGUUAGUGGAACUAAUCCUUAAAGCUUUUCCCAUGGAAGGUCCAUCUGUAUUCCAUGCUUUGGUGCCUGGUAUCAUCAAUUCCAUUUCAACUGGUGAAGAAAAUUGUGUAGUGAUGGCCAUGCAUUUAAGUUUAUUUGCUCGGAUACUCCUUCAAAAUCAACCUUUCAUGUGGUCAGUGAUUCAACAUGUCGCAUCAGAAGCUGGACGAGAUACAGAUUCUCUUUUUGCAAGCCUUCUGGACACUUGGACUGACAAGUUUGACAUCAUCACCCAGCCAGAGCGGAGGAAGUUGAAUGCUCUAGCUCUAGCAUCCCUUCUCACACAUAAUCACAGGAUUGUUACAGAGAGAUUUGGAAUCAUCAUAAAUAAUUUGGUGGAGGUUCUACAUGAUGUUUGUAGGGUUGAUGAAGAGGGAAAUAUGUCAGAUGGUCUGGUGAUUGAACAGGGCGAAAUCAAAGUCAGUGAUGAGCAAGACACCCAGCACGACCUAAGAAAACAUUUACUUUCCAAACAAGACCCAGUCCACACAGUGUGCCUAAAAUCCUAUCUCAUGUCCCAGCUCAAACUGUGUCAAGAAAAUGUAGGACAAGCAGCUUUCGACCACCUUAUGAGUCAAGUUGAUCCUGAAGUUUUAAGUCAGCUUCAGCCAUUUUGCCAUUAGCUGUACCUGUAAAAAAUACUGGUAAACUGUGGAUUUUGGUCAAUGAAAAAUCUCAUUUGUCUCAUGACAUCUCCUCACGACCUCCAUUUUUAUCCUGAUUUUAAAAGUUGCUGGCAAUGAAAAUAAUUAUUUACAGCAAAUUCCCUAGUCAUAGGCAGGUAACCUUGGUUUCCCCCCCCCCCCCCAACAGAAAUAACUAGCAUUUGGAGAUCCCAUCCAUUGUUUACUGAGCUCAUAAUUUCCAUGCAGUUAUAGUCACUUGUUUAUGUCAUAAGUUUGAUCUAUCCCUCUUCUCUAAUGAUGUCUAAUUAUUCCUAUAGUCAAAAUGUUUCAUAUUGUAUUUGAAUAGCUUAUGUAUUCAAGUUCAAGCUCUGUUGUAAGGCUAAGAAAUAUAAAUAUUUAUUCCUUUAUCUGAAUUGAGUAAGUUUUAAUGGGCCAGCUCUGAUGUAGUAAAUGAUGAAAGAACUGAAGUGUGUGCUGUUCUCUGUAGCUCAUGUUGUGUGUAUGAAAACACAUUGAAAUGUAUUUAACAAAGAGAACUUGCAUAAUAAUAAAAUAUAAAGAAUUAAAAUUGCUUUUAUUAAUUUA